AUGAAAGACCUUGAAUACAAGGUCCAGCAACAAUGGCACUCCAAGCCUUCACCUAUGCGAGUUAUAUGCGUUGGUGCGGGCUCCGCUGGUUUAUGUGUUGGGUACAAAAUGAAGAAGAAGUUCAAGGAGUAUGAGCUUGUGAUUUAUGAGAAAAAUCCAUCUGUGGCUGGCACGUGGUACGAAAACCGCUACCCAGGCUGUGCUUGUGACGUACCCGCCCACUCCUAUACCUACACGUUUGAGCCGAAUCCGGACUGGUCGAGCUUCUAUGCCUAUGCACCUGAGAUUCGGAAGUACUUUGAUGAUUUCGCUACAAAGCAUGAACUCCAUCCCUUUGUUAAGCUCAAUUCGAAAGUUAUAUCUGCAACCUGGAAUGAAGAUCGUGGUAUUUACGACGUUGAGGUUGAAGUCGAUGGUCGUCUGACCCAUGAUUGGUGCCAUGUUAUCAUUAAUGCAACGGGUUUUCUCAAUAGCUGGAAAUGGCCAGCUAUUGAAGGAUUACACGACUUUCAGGGCCCACUUCUACACAGCGCAAACUGGGACGACUCUAUUGAUUACAAAGAUAAGACGGUUGCAGUGAUAGGAACAGGUUCUUCCGCAAUACAGAUCGUACCUCAGGUCCAAAAGUCUGCCAAGCAUAUAACUACUUUCAUGAGAUCAGUGACUUGGAUAUCACCACCCUUUGCCGCUGAAGAGCUUAACGAACUGAAAGAAGGCACAGAUCAAGCAGAGCGACCUAACGCGCAGUAUUAUUUCUCGGCAGAAGAAAAGAAACGUUUCCGAGAAAACCCGGAUGAAUUCCUUGAGUACCGUACAAACCUUGAGGCCAAAGUAAACAGCUUAUUCGAUAUGUUUGUCACAGGAUCCGAGACAUCAAAGUAUGCCGAAAAGAUGAUGAGAGAAGAAAUGAAUCGCCGAAUUGGACCUGGCAAUGAAGAGCUGAAGGAGCGACUGAUCCCGAAAUGGGCCCCAGGCUGCCGUCGUAUCACACCUGGUGAUGGAUAUCUGGAAGCACUUGUUAAGCCAAACGUGACGAGGGUCCAUGACGAGAUUGCAAAGAUCCUGCCCGAAGGCCUUGUGGACGAUAGUGGUAAGUUACACAAAGUGGAUAUUAUUGUCUGUGCAACAGGAUUCAACCUAGCGUUCGCACCUCCCUUCAAAGUCACAGGUGUCAACGGCGUUGAUAUGGCUGAGGAGUUUGGUUCCGCACCGAAUGUUUAUCUGGCCUUGACGGUGCCAAAAUUUCCCAACUACUUCGUGCAUAACGGUGUCCGAGGGAAUUGGGCCUCCGGCACAUCUCUGCCAUCAAACGAGGUUCAAGUGGAGUAUAUCCUGCAGUGCAUCCAGAGGAUGCAAGAGGAAGGUAUUCGUGCGCUGGAAGUAAAAGAAGAGCCUGUUCGACAACUCUACGAGCAUAUCGAUGAAUGGCAUAAAUGCUCCGUCUGGAAUGAUGAUUGCAAGAGUUGGUACAAGAACAAUAUUGUUGGUGGGAAACUCUGGAUAUGGGGAGGCUCCGCUUUACAUUAUAUGAAAACAAUCAAAACUGUGAGGUGGGAGCACUAUGACUUUCGAUACCAUGGCGGCAACAUGUGGUCAUUCCUAGGGAAUGGUCGCGUGCGAGCCGAAGAGAAGGGGCCCAAAGUCCGACUGGCACCCUAUGUGAGGAAUUCGGAUACCCCAUGGGACAUCGAAUAG